AGUCUUUUCCAUAAUAGUUAUGCACUUACAACGUCAAAUGUCAGAAUUUGACUCAGAGAUGUGUAUGCUCUAUAGUCUUAGGAGUUUUUACGAAUCCCUUUCUAAUUUAAAGCGAUUAGUAAAAGGCGGACUUUAUGGCGGUAGACUAAAACCCAUUACACAUAAAGCCGAAGUCCUGGCUACCUGCUCGCGUAAUUCUGAACGCAUUAAAACGGGAUUAGGGAAACUUUUCAGACGAAAAUUUAAUUACGAGCAGGUAGCGCCAUAAAAGUGACAGAUGUGGAAAACGGAUAAGCAGUAUUUUCCGCACAGAUAUUUAUGGCAGUCUUGAAAUUGCACACUCACAUCAAGGGGAUAUAAAGAGGGCCGGGGGCAAAAGGAAAUCAGUAGCGAGUCAGCAACGUCCAGCUUCACAUUAACUUCCUGAUCAACCGACCUAGUAGUAAUCAUGUCGUCGACCAAUGAAACCAACCAACUGCUGCAGCGCCUGAACAGCUUGAAAAUCGUGGAAACCCCAAAGGAGCAGAGGGAGUUGGGGAAACGCGAGUGCUACUCCCUGGACAGCAAGAAGUAUUCCCUGGUACCAGCCACCCCUAGCAGCGGAGGACUCGGAAAGUUCCAAACCGAACUCAAAAAACGUCGCAAAAACAAAGUGAAUCGCAUGUGCACUUACGAGGCUGACAAGCAAUUCAUCAAGGCACGCAAAUCAUUGAAUUUCUAGUCAUAAUACGAACCGAUGUAAUCACCUUAGUCAUAAGCAGCAUUGAUUUCAAAUCGUACAAGUCACAUUUUUUUUCAC